AUGGGCGCCUGCUGCUCUUCAAAGAAGAAGAAUCAGGGAGAAGUUGGAGAGAUCCGAGAGGACGACUUGAAGGGAAUUUUCAGAGAAUUCGAUUUGAAUGGAGAUGGAUUCAUCCAAAGGGAAGAACUCCGUGCUGUCAUGCAGAAAAUGGGACAGUCUCCAACUGAAGACGAACUUGAUGCUAUGUUCGAGGCAGCCGACAAAGAUCAUGAUGGAAACAUUGAUUUCCAAGAAUUCCUUGUGAUUGCCAAAGCGAAUCCACUUUCACUCUCUUUGAAGGCAGUUUUCGAGGAGUUGGACGUUGAUGGAGAUGGCUACAUCACCAGAUCCGAGCUCCGAACUGCUUUCCAAAGAAUGGGACAUUCCCUAUCCGAUCAAGACAUCAAAGCCAUCUACAGGCAUGUCGACCAAAACAAUGACGGAAAAAUCAACUUCCAAGAAUUCUGCGAGAUGAUGACCCGCAGAAAGUAA